ACUGUGAUUACGGUGUUUGCAUUAGGAUCAGAUUGUAGCGGGGAUCCUUGCAUGUAUGGGAUAUGUUUGAACAACGAGAACAGCACUUAUUCUUGUUACUGUAUCGAUGGUUACACGGGGAUUAAUUGCGAAAUUAACUGGGACGAAUGCUGGUCAGAUCCUUGUCUUAAUGGUGGCACAUGCAACGAUGGCGUUGCCGCAUAUAAUUGCACUUGCCCCGACGAUUUCAUAGGUGUGAAUUGCGAGCAAAGAUAUAGCGAGUGUUCAAAUCAUCCGUGCCUCAACAACGGUACUUGCGUCGAUUACGACGGCAUCACCUGCCAAUGCCUGGAUGGAUACUCAGGAGAAUAUUGCGAAAUUGACGCCUCGGUCUGCAACGAGACAAUGUGCAAAAAUUCCGGUGAAUGCAUCGAAGGGCCUGGUUUCUCAUUUUACUGUCGUUGUCGCGAAGGAUGGACCGGUAUUCUCUGCGAGGUGGACGUCGACGAAUGCUUGGAGUCACCAUGCCAAAACGGUGGUCUCUGUAUCAAUAUUCCAUCUUCCUAUACUUGUGCUUGUUUAUUUGGUUUCACUGGCAAGGAUUGCGACAAAGCAAUUGUACCUUGCAAGGAGAAUCCUUGUCAAAACGGAGCAGUGUGUCUGCUGGAAGACGAUCGUCCAGUUUGUUACUGUGUCCCCGAUUAUCACGGUGCACUUUGCGAGCUAAGAUACGACGACUGCGAAUCAAAAUUCGCACAAUGUGAGAACGGAGGUACCUGUAUCGACGGUAUCAACAGUUUUACUUGUUCGUGUCCACCGAAUUACGAUGGUCUCAUGUGCGAGUAUGGUUUUCCUUCGACAACCACUUUAGAAAUGGAAGGCACAUCUGAACGAGAAACGAGUCUAGUUACAACUACAACUGCCAUAGUUUCACCUAAAGAAUUGACUUCGGUAGUGGACACAGCUGUAUCUUCGUCAUCGAUUACCAGCUUUGCCAUUUACUCGACGUCCCCGAGAACAAGUACUUCUUCUACGAAGAGAUAUACGAUCAUGGAGAAGACUACGACGUCGAGGUACGAGGGUUCUAGUAUUAGCAGCGAUAGCAGUGUUUUCCUUACUGAAAUUUCAUCAAUGAGUUCGACCCGAGAUGAUCUUGUUACAUCGGAACCCAUAACGUUGCCGUCAUCCACUAUUACUGAAGGCUACUUCCAUGAGACUGAAACAGAAAGUACUGAAGUUUACUUGCCAACCGGAAGAUCGAUUCACAACGAAGUUACUAAGGAACCUGGUGACUAUGAUCAGACAACAAAGAUACGACCGCCGAUUUCUAAUAGAGUGGAUGAAGAUGUAACGGAGUACACGACGAGUUCUAGUUAUCGACCUACAACAGAUGUGAAUGAAGGCCAAAAGGAUGAUAGGACUAGUGCCACAAGUGCUGUUAUAGAUCACACUACCAAUGUAACUCUUUCUAUUGAUACGACAUUUCGAUACACAACGGAUUCCAUACAAAACAGAACGUUCGAUCUUGGAACUACGAUUAUGGAUGCACCAAGAACCGUUUUACCUUUUACUACCUCAUCAACACUGCCUUCAGUCUUAUCUUCAACCAUGAGAUUUGAUACUUCCACAGUACCCUCCUCGUUAACAUCUACUAACGUAUCCUUAAGCCAAACUACUGUGACUGGAAUCGAAGUUAAUACUACAGAAACAUUCGGUGCUUGUCGCGGAAGUCAAUGUUCUACGAGUACUACCGCGUUAACUCCGCGAAAUGUUACUGAAUAUGCAGACGGUUGCAAGACAGAUUCGACUAUUACGCAAGCGGCCUUUAACGGCAAAUCUUUCAUUAGACAACGUGUCGAAGUAGUAAUCACUGAUAAUAAAAGUGCGACACUCCGAAUUUACGUAAAGCUUAGAACAGCAUUUAAAAAUGGAAUUAUAUUGCACGUUUACUUUGAUAAUGAGAGAUAUUCUUUGGUAUACUUGGAACUUGGAUCGUUAAAGUUCCAAUUUUCUUGUGGCCUAGAAACUAUGUUACUCGGUGAAAUCGAUGCUAUUAUCGAUAACGGAUAUGAAGUGAGCAUCGAUAUGAGCUUUCAAUAUGUUGCCAAUGAUGAAAACGAGAAAUGUUUUGCCAAAUUGCUGGUCAAUGGUACCAUGGCCGUGACCGGCGAACAAAUACUGCCACAGCGGGGAAUGGUCUCAAAAUACGCUAAUUUGUACAUUGGAGGCAUUCCAUUAACGUUUUCGCAUUAUUUCCCUCAUGUAGCUAUGGGAUUCAUUGGCUGCAUGGAUUCUCUGAAGGUGAACGGCAUUACGCGACAUUUUAUUCACGAUUCCUUAGAAACGUUCCAGAUCGAAGAAUGCACGUCAUUUUUGUGUUUGUCAAAUCCGUGUCAGAAUUUUGGCGCGUGUGAAGAAAGCGAGGGGAGAAUUCGUUGUAAAUGUAUAGCAGGGUAUACCGGGCCUUUAUGUGAACAUUCGGCAUGCAAUGACAAUCCUUGUUCAAUGGGUGCGACAUGCGUAAGUUCGCCGGGAACUGGUUUCAUCUGUGUUUGUCCGCUCGGCAGUCGUGGGCUUUUCUGUGAAGAAGAUGCUGUUCUAGUGCGGCCGGCUUUUUCAGUCCUUGUCCCCGGUUUUGCAUCGUACAUUGCUUACGGCGUGUCUACAUCGAUAAAGGACACAAUGGAGCUGAAGCUGCGACUCAUCCCGCGUACGUUUGAUCAAAUCUCUCUGAUAGCGUACCUCGGACAAAGAAGUUCGCGUCGAGAUGUCUCGGACCAUCUUUCGAUAACAUUCGUGCGCGGCUACAUUAUGCUUACAUGGGAUUUGGGCUCUGGAGUGCGAAGAAUUUUCACUAGCGAUUCGUUAACUACUCUGAACGUGGCUGGAUCAGCUGGUAAAAGUAAAACAUAUACGCUUCGGAUCGGAAGGAGAGGCAGGGAAGCAUGGCUUGCUGUAGAAGGUCUUAAAAAUGUGACUGGUCAGGCGGUAGGAUCUAUGACUCAACUCGAUGUAUCGCCUAUUCUCUAUAUCGGUGGUUACAAAUCUAAAAACUUCGAAACGUUGCCGCACGAUUUACCUCUCCAUACCGGCUUCUCUGGAUGUAUAUUCGAUGUCGAAUUGCGUACAGACACGACAAUUCUUCCGCUUACCGGCUCCAGUCCUGCCACAGGCCGUGGUGUAGGCGAAUGCAAUCGCAAUGAAUGCAUUCGUCACUCGUGUAAAAACGGUGCAGUAUGUUUACAUCAUGGAGCAUCGUAUAGUUGUAUUUGUACAAAGGAAUGGGUAGGGCCUGAUUGUUCCAUUCCUAUUUAAUUCGUCAUUGGAAAUAAUCUUCUGAUGUUCGUAAAGGAUUUCUCCCAGUUCUUAUUAAGUAGCAUGAAGGGAGUCA